AGCAUGGACACGGUGUAAUAUUAUCAUUAGGCUUAAGAGUGGGCUAUGCUGCUAUGCUACAUAGGAGGCUAAUUAUGAAGUGAUUAUCAGCCCGUGCGAAGAAAGAUAGGUAUUAACUUCUUAUUCAUCCUUCUAUAAACGCGACCACCCAGACAUCUUUCGAAACUCUCCUUAAGCUUGAUCGUCAUGUCCGCUAAUCAAUGGAACGAAUCAGACCCUUCUGAUGAAGAAGCUAAUCAAGAAACACUUGCAACUAGGAAGCGCAGCAGUAGAGCUUGUGAUCAGUGCAGAAAGACGAAGAGCAAGUGCGAGUCAUCCGGAACAAUUGGUGCUUGCAAGAGUUGUACGAUAGCGGGCAACACAUGUACAUUUCUGGGUCCCAGUUAUAAGCGCGGUCCUCCUAAGGGAUACAUACAGGCGAUCGAACAGCGAUGGCAUCAGGUCGAGUCCCUUCUUGGCGCUGUUCUUGCUUGUCCAGAUACCCGAGUACGACAAGUCAUAGCCGAUAUAAGACAAGACGAUCUUGCAAGAGAAAUUCUCAAUCGAGUAGAUACAGGUCCAUUUGGACCUUCGGGAAGACUUUCACAGCCAGCCGGAGCAACGAAAGAAGACUUCUUUGCGUGCAUAUUCCGGAGUAACGAAGCUUCGGCCCGUGACUCUCCUCGUUCUCGAAGACAGUCCAGGAUUUCAAGAGAAAUUGUAUCAUCGUCUAGAGACAACACACUUUCAACAAUACCAACUUCAGAGUGGCAGGAUCGCUUGGCUGCGAGCCUCACGAGAGGACACGUCGGGCGUCAAGGUGUUCCGCAAGCCUAUAACCUUAGCGGAGUUCCUGUGCAACAACGGCGGCGGCUCGAUAUACCGUCAAGCAGCAGUGGUCCACAUCAGCCAAACUGGAAUGAAAUGUACACGAUGGAUGCGCUUUCGGAGUCAGAUGGUACCGAUGAAUCCAAUGGCCCAGAUACUGCUUUUGGUCAACUCUCUCUAGACGAGAAUCAAGAGGUUCGAUACCAUGGAAAAGUUAGUGGCCUCCAUCUUUUGGGGCGUAGCUCCCGUAUGGAUAGCAGACAUGAGGGGGGAAUAUGGAAUUUGCCUAUGGCACGUUUUUGGCCCUCCGCAAAGCCCAACCCAAAUCCUGUUCCACCAGACGAAGGCGUUGUCGUCAAUUUACCUCCCCUUGCGGUGCAAGACCAUUUAGUUGAUUUAUAUUUCACUUAUGCACACCCGGUUUUCCCUGUAAUCCACAAGGGCCGUUUUCUGAGAGAAUAUAGCGAAUGGAAGCAAAAUAGUAAUCCGACUACACCCGAGUCUGCGAGGGGCACCCCAUACUACUCCAAUCCGGAACCUUCGCAGAACGUGACCAAGCUGCUUCUGUUGGCAAUAUUUGCCAUCGCCGCUCGUUAUCUUGAUGACAACACUGCUAGCUCUGUUGAUGCGAUGUGGGAGGCUGGCAAUGACUACCUUGCGCAAGCGAGGGUAGCACUUGCACAAGUCUAUCACAGUUGCCGCGCAACUACUUGUCAAGCCUUGCUUCUCCUAGGUCAUCGUGAAUUUGGGAUAGGUUCUAUGGAACAAGGCUGGCUUUACAUUGGUAUGGCGAUUAGAAUGGCCCAGGACCUUGGAUUAAAUCGUGCUGCGGAUAACUGGCAACUUCAAGGAAGAAAAAUGUUCUCCCUCGAGGAGAACCAGGUUCGGAAGCACAUAUGGUGGGGUUGUUGCAUUGCAGACAAAUAUGCUUCGAUAUAUAUGGGUCGUCCUGUGUCUAUCGGCGAAGGCGACUUUGAUACCCUUCUUCCGGAUCCCGCUGAAUACGAGGAAGACAGCUCCGCCGACCUAGCGACUUUGCAGUACAUAUCGACACCACUGACAAUGAGCUGCUUCAGGGCCGCUGCAUCACUAUCUGUUUUGAUUGGUUCUAUUGUGACAAUGAUUUAUCCUGUUCGCUCUACCGGCAGAGGCUCGCGGCGGGCGAUCCUAAAUACUCUAGAAUCUAGACUGGACCAAUGGUACAUCGACCUUCCUGAUAAUCUUCGGUACGACCCAGCAAGCAAGCGAAAUACUCCGCCACCGGCGGUUCUCUUCAUCCACAUCCAAUAUUGGUCUGCAGUAUUAUUGUUACACCGAGCGUUCAUUCCCGAUUGGAAAGGCUCAGAACAGAUAUUACAGAAUCCUCCCAACGGACCUGACACGGCCUCCCUGAAAGCCUUUGAUCUCUGCCAAAGUGCCGCCACUUAUGUCAGCACAAUAGUAACGACAUAUCACGAGAACUUCAAUAUCAAAUGUAGCUCGCCGUUUCUGUCGUCGUAUAUUCUUAGUGCUGGAAUUAUGCACAUUGUGACAUUAACACUGCGGCCAUCAAAUGUCCAGGCUUUUAUUGGCUUGCGACAAUGCCUUGCCGUAUUGAAAGAGAUGCAGACUACAUGGCCUAGCGCCGGAAGAACCCGGGAUCUUCUUCAUGGUGCUAGAGUGCAGGUGGACAGUAACAUGCCACCUUUGGUGCAUGGCCCUGAUCGUCAAAAGAGAGCAGCAGAUGAUGCGUUUGGCGAAAGGAGCUCUGACGUCCUGCAGCGCGAGGCGUUUGGUGAUGUUUUACAAAGGGAAUGUGCUCCACAGAACAGUGGUAUCCAAGAGAUCAGCACCCGAAUGAUGGCGCAUAUGCUUGGUCUUGACAUCCCUGGCAUUGAGCCCUCGACCUCGUAUUACCCAGGUUACGAGUGGUGGCCACGAACCAACCAGCCUUCAGCUCAGCCUUACCACGGAUCCACAAGCGCAACUUCGCUGAUCAAUGCAGAAUAUCCUCUACCAAACGACCAAGACUGGAGAGUUCAAAAUCCCACCUCCAACUAUUCAUACGAGUAUCAGAAUACGCCACCUGAUCGUUAUCGCAUGUAGUGGGCUAAUCACCUUUGUCUCCUUAGCGUAGAACGCCACCAAUAAUAAUUCAUCAUCCCUCGUCGCCUACUCCCGUUGCUCACUUAGAAGGUAUACCAUUGAUUAUGUAACUUAUGUAAUGGACCUACAAGAACCUCUAAAUUGAACGAUUGCAAUUGUGCUG